AUGCUGGCCGAGCAGCAUGAUUCCGCGUGUCAGGAUUCCGAGAGGACGUUUACUCGUGCCCCGGACGAGGAGCCGGCGUCGCAAUGCAAAGUGCUGUCGUCGCAAUGCAAGGACCCGUCGCACGGCAGUCGCAAGGACGACGAAUACCGCACUGGCGGCGCUGCCUCCCAUAAACGGCAGCGAGAGGAGCCAAGCGAGACGAACAGCAACAAGGCCAAUCGGGAGAAGAUGCGCCGCGACCGACUCAACGACAGGUUUGAGGAGUUGGCGCGGGCGCUGGAGCGGAGCGAGCUGGCGCGCGCGGACAGGGGGAGCAUUCUGGUGGACGCGGUGCGCGUGCUGGCGCAGCUGAGGGCGGAGACGAGCCGGCUGAGGGGCUCCGCGCAGCACAUGAGCGAGCAGAUCCAAGAGCUCAAGGCGGAGAAGAGUGAGCUGAGGGAGGAGAGGGCGCGCCUGCUGGCCAACAAGCAGCAGCUGGAGGACGAGGUCCGCCGCUUGGCCGCAUCUGGUGCCGCCCAAUCCACCGCCGCCACGUCAGCAGCAGCAUCAGUGGUUUCUGCCGCCCGGCCAACAGCUGCUACUCCUCCUCUUGGAUUUGCUCCUUACUCUCCCUGUGCUCCUCCUGGCUCUCCGGGUUCUCCUGGUGCUGUUCCCUUGAUGCUGCACCCCGCGUUUGAGCCAGGCAAGCUGGCUCCACUGGCUUCUGCUGCUGCUGGUGCUGGUGGUGCUGCUGUUGUUGCCGCUGCUGGUGGUGGUGGUGCCACUGCUGCUGGGGCUCGUCCUACUGCUCCUGCUGCUGCUGCGGGACCACAGUACAUGCCAUAUGCCAUGCCAGGGAUGCCGCCCAUGGGAAUGUGGCAGUGGUUACCGCAGCCCGCUGUUGACCCGUCCUUUGAUCAGAAGCUGAGAGGCUCCGCGGAGCACAUGAGGGAGCAGAUCCGCGAGCUCAAGGUGCAGCUGGGGGGAAACGAGGGGGGGAAGGGGGGAACGAGGUAG